CCUGAAGAUGCCUCAAGCAAGGUCCAUCACGCAGAGUAAAUUGUCCGAUAGCUUGGACAGUGGCGCUAGUCAUGGCGUGAGUGCAAGGAUGCCCAAGGCUUCAACCCCUCGUCCCUCGACUCCUCGUUCCUCGACGCCUCGAUCUUCACCCCAUGCAUCACCCAAGGCUUCACCUAAGGCUUCACCUUCACGCGAGGCAAUGAAGUCUGGAGGAUCAGGGUCCAUGGCCAGUCGACCAGAAUGGGACGCCAGUGGUACACGUUCAGCUUCAAUGCGAGUCACGCCCUGUGCUUCGCCAGCUGGUACCCCUCGAAGCAUUCGUGCUGCAUCUGAGGUGAAACCUCGCACCCUGCGCGGAGUUUCAGCACGGCAAGUUGCCUCGCAUGCUUCGCAUCCUUCGCCCUCUGGCAGUCCAUGUGCUUCACCGUCUGGGGGAAGCACCCCACGGACAGUCCGCACAGCUCCCUCCUUUGGAGGAACGCCACGGUCUCGCCCAGAGAGCAAUGUUGAACUGCUAUGGGGAUCAAGUGGUGAUGCCACCACUGAAGGCAGUAGGACUCCUCACAGAGUCAAGCGGACACUCUCAGCAACAUCUCUAUCUUCUUCUGUUCCCUCCGCCAAAAGUGCUGUCGGCAGAGCCAAUUCUACUGCUUCUCGCAAGCAAGCACCUUCUAUACCAUUGGUUUUUGUAACGCUUCGUGAUGUUUGCAGCGGAGAGACGCAAAGAUUGAGCUCAGAUUAUCCUGAUUGGGAGGCUUUCUUCGACAGCCUGACCACUUGGAUGCGUGAAGAAGUGAUGUCACACCUGAAAUCAUGUGGCAAAUGCCGGGCAGUCUCCUCCUUCUCACGGUGCAAGUCUCGCUUCCAAUUCCAGCCAAUUUCUGAGUCAUCCUUGGGCACGGUCUGUCAGGGCUGUUUGCAGUCACUGGAUGCAGGCUUGAUAGCGGAGCUGCAGAAGCAGAAAGACACAUUGCUGACGGAAAUGGCUGAUGCUUUGGGGAUGCCGCUCCGUGACCUCUUGUGCUUUGAAGGAGUAAUGCUGCAGCGCCAAGAUGCACGGCUGGCUUCCCUGCCAAUCGUGGCAUCUGAGCGUGAUCGUGUACUGUCUCAGACACACCUUCGACAAAGCACACGGCACAUUUGGGUUGAGCUCCAAGCAGUGCGCCAAGCGCUGAAGGAGUGGAACGUCUUGACAUGGCCUUUUGAGAGCAGGUACAUCCCGCACAAGUAUGGAUCCAUGGUUAGCAAUACCGAUGUCCAGCAGCAGGUGAACAAGAAAUGUAAGCUCUUCGCACACCAAGCACGUGUUGUUUUGGCAGAUUGGGAGAAAUCUUGGCCCCAGUUCAAAUUCAAUGACGUUUUUUCCCUCUUCGGUGUGCCUAUGUUGCAGCUGGAUCAGAAAGCUGAGAGCAUCGAUCUGGAUGUGGAAGAAGCAAAUUUCGAUGAUAAACUUCUGGACGAAACUGAGCUAUCUUCCUUACAGGCCAUGCGUGUGGUUGCUCGCCUCCGGCCAAUGCUAGCACACGAGGAAGGGGAUGAGAUCACUGCAGAGGUUCAGGAUGAAGUCACAGUGUCCUAUGAGACCCUGCAUCAUGGCUAUGUCCCGGCGCGGCACACUCUGCAAUUCGAUGCAGCCCUUUGUUGCUCACAGGCAGAGCUCUUCCAAAAAUCAGGGGUGAAGGCAUUGGUGCAUCGAGCCUGUGAAGGCUACACAUGUUCCAUCUUCGCCUAUGGUCAAACUGGAGCAGGUAAGACCUACUCACUUUUUGGGCCUGAAGACGCUCUUUCGCAGCUUUUCGAUGAUGAUCUGUCUGAUGAAGCCCAGAGGCAGCUGCCCAGCGCUUGCCAUGUGCUGGUUGGCGAGGCUCGUCGAGCUCAAUGUGGCCAACAAGGUUUGAUUCCGCGGGCUCUGCAGUUUCUUUUCCGCGUUCUGAAGGAGAUGAACCUGGACGGCGUCUGUACAACCAAAGCCACAUUCACUGAGAUUUACAAUGAGACCCUUUAUGACUUGUUUAAUCCUUCAUCAGCAAAGCGGCUCGAUGUUUUCCAGAGGCCAGGAUCACAAGUCGGCUUCCAUGUUCCUGGCUUGACUUCAGUGAACUGUUCUUCAGCUAUUGAGCUGAUGCAUGCCUUGCAGCAGGGUUUGUCUAGCAGACACACACAUGGUCACUCUGCCAGCCGAGAGUCAUCUCGAGCUCAUGCAAUUUUCACAGUGGAGAUUCCUCUCCCGGGCAAGACUGGCAAACUCAUUUUUGCUGAUCUGGCUGGGUCAGAACGCUUAAAGCGUAUUUCUGGCGCAGAUCAGAAGGAGACUGGCUACAUUAAUAAGUCUUUGCUCAUGCUCUCCAACUGCGUGUCAGCCUUGUCCUCGCGCUCAAACUCUGCAAAUCCACCAGGAGCUUUCCGAAAUUCAAAGCUCACAAAGGUCCUAAUGGAGGCGCUGUGCGGAACAGGUUUCACCAUUUUGCUCGCAGCGAUCUCCCCUGCAAAACGCCACUUCGAUGAAACAGCUAACACCCUCAGCUUUGCCGCAAAAUGUGGCAGUAUUCCACGACAGCUGGCCGACAACGAGCCUGAACAUCAGCGAGAGUUGCGACAGCUGCAAGAGACUGUGAAGGACUUGCAGAACGAGAUUGCUUUCUUCAAAGCUCAAGAACUCAGGAAAAAUCCGAGCCAAGAGUCACAGAAUUGCGGGAGUUUGGAUUUCUCCUGUCCCGGAAGUGUGGGUGACCCAGAGCGCGAAGCUACUGUUCCACGCGCUGACCUGGAAGCACUUCGAGCUGAGCUUCAACGAGAGCGACUUCGUAAUGCAGCUUUGCAAGAUGAACUCAACACUUUGAGGGAGGCGCUUCAAGAAUCAGCUGCCUCCGAACAUGGGGAUGAUACUAAACGAUACAUGGAAGUUGAACCGACCGGGCCUCUUUUGUCCACCUCGAAGCUGACUUACUUUGGUGAGAAGGCGAAGAGCGAUGGCCAGCUAGGAGUCAUGGGACUUGUGCUGGCGACAGAUGCGCUUACCACUGCCGCCUUGCGUGAGAGUACCGGAGGCUUCGUGGCUGAUGAGGGAGUCCUGUCACUGCUCCUGCCUUGGGAUCCAAAGCCAGUUCCUUGGUGUCCAAAGGCUUAUCGCUUGGCGGCAGAGAAAGCGGUUGACAAUCAGGGCCAUUACAAACCUGAGUUGGCCAAGGUAUUAGCAGACGGACAACGUGCCGGCAAGAUCAUCAGACAGGAGUCUGCAUCGAUGCUACCUGCACAAGCCUUGCACAUUCGUCCGGAGCACACAGUGCUGGAGUUAUGUGCUGCUCCAGGGUCAAAGACCCUUCAGAUCCUUGACCUCAUGCAGCCUGAGGUUCAUGGUGGCCAGGUCACAGGCUUGCUGAUUGCAAAUGAUUCCAAAGCUUCACGACUAAGGAGGCUAGUUGACCGGGUUCGGCGCAUUCCCACAGCACCACUCUUGGUGACACGCGCCGAUGCAAGGCGAUUCCCAGUUGUCCAAGGGCAGACAGAUGGCCGUCCAAUCCAUUUCGACCGAGUGCUUUGUGAUGUCCCUUGUUCUGGAGAUGGUACGAUGCGUAAGGCACGCUCUCUACUGGACCAGUGGACGCCGCGCUCAGGUUUGGGGCAUCAUGCCAUCCAGCUGGAGAUUCUACUGCAGGGUAUGCAGCUGCUGGCCCCACAAGGCCUUCUGGCAUACUCCACAUGUGCCUUGAACCCAGUGGAGUGCGAGGCGGUGGUUUGUGCAGCUCUCUUCCAUUUUCCGAACUUUGAAACAGUGAACAUAGAGGUGCCGGGCCUUGAAUUGGAGUCUGGACUAUGCUCUUGGAAAGUGCCGGGAAUUGGGAGGAACGGUGAGUGGCUGAGCUAUGACUCCUGGAAGGUCUUGUACGUGCUUGUGUUCCGUGGUUGUUUGACCGUGAAGGCGACUGGAAUGCUUCGUCGCUCCAUGUUCCCACCUUCGGCGUAUGCUACGUCUUCAGUUGCUGAAGGCAAGGCCUUGAAAAGCAGCUGCGUCGGUGUGGCAGGCUACUUCCCUGCAAUGACGAUGGCGGUUGAGCACAAGGAGACGUUUUCAAAAGGCGAUCGCGUCUUUGUCACAUCUGUGGAGCGUGAAGGAACAGUUCGUGGACCUGGAACCAAGCAGUUCAGAGGGCUUCUGCGUGUUCUUUACGCCGACGGUUCUCAAUAUCAUGUGAAGCCCGAAGAGCUCCAGAAGUUGCCGGCGGAUCCACCGAAAAUGCCGAGCUGUGGAAGUUCCCAUGGCAGAUCCUCGGAGCCCCUCUCGCCCCUCUCGCCCCUCUCGCCCCUCUUGUGUAAUACAUCAGAUCACUGGCCAAAUAUCGCGGCUUUCUUUGGAAUUCUCCAAAAGGAUCUUCCAACGCCUGCAGAGGCAGAUGGUGCCAUUUGCCUUGCCUCAACCACUCUCAAGGGCCUUGCCUCGAUUCCCGCCAGUAUUACUGGGUCAGGGAAAGCAUUGUGGACUGCUGGCCGGCCCCUCUUCUUCAAUGCCGCAAGUUCACGUCAGGCCCCGAAUUCGACUUCAUGGCCGGCUGAUGCUUUUCCUUGGCAGCCAACCGCAGAGGCAGCCUCGUUCCUGGCCACGAUUUGCAAGCAUCGAAUCUUGAAAGUCUCCCACUGGAUUUUUAAGCUGCUCCUUCAGGAGGGCGAGGCCAACGCUUCAGUGGCAGGUGCUGAGUUGGAUUGGCAGGCAGCAGCCAUGGCCACCGGGACUGGUGGUAUCACCGCCAUCAACUGCAGUGUCCAGCUUUGGGUCGUGCAGCGCUGGUUUGUUUGCUUCAUGAUGGGCUCAUCAGGCGCUGUGCUAGAGCCGGUGCAGUGCCUGACUGCCCUGCUUGACCUCGACAAGAUGCUGGAAGAGGACAGCCCGGAGAGUGGGUACGUGGUGAGGCAACAGCUAGGGGAAUGGCAGGUGCUUCGCAGGCGUAUGAUCCCACUCUUUGUGAGCUACCAAAAGGAUUCCGAGCUCGCUACCAAUGUCGUGCAGCUGAUGGUCAAAUUGACCACUCGAGUAGGUCUUUACGGUUCUGAUGAGUUGCAGCAUUUGCGCCACCUACAGGACUACAAGGAGGCCUUCUCCAAGUCGGACAUCUUCACAGUUCUGUUGCGCCUUGUGAUGGAAGCGCUGGACAACGAGGCCGGCCCAGGGCAGCAAUUCUUCAAGGAUGUUCUUGUGCUCAUUCGAAAUUUAGUGUCUGUGCCCGACCCAGGGCCAGGAGAUGCAGGGUACACCCCUUUGCGACGGCGAUUGCAGCUGACAUAUAUCCGACACUUUCAUGAUGAAGGUGUUCUAGACUUCUUCCACUUCUUGGGAGAGCAGCUGGUGAUGCGCGAAGAAAAUAAUGCAGAUCAGGUUUGGGCAGUUGCAGAGAUCCUCUACCACAUUUGCACCACCUUUGAUCCGCAGUGUGCAUGCUGCAAGCAAGCACGUGUGCUGGGACAUUUGAGCCAUUUGGGCCGUUUGGGUCCUCCACUCUUGGAGAAUAGUCAUCGAACUGGCCGUGGCAGCUCCGCGAUGUUUUCUGCUUCCGCAUUGUGUGCUCUCUGCAGAAGAGUGGCCAGCAGCCCAGAGUCAAGACGUCUAUUGCAGAUGGCUACUACAGCUGCAGUGACAGCAGUGACAUCGGAGAUCGAUAUCUGGAGCUUUAAUCUGCGGACUGAGCUGGUCAAAGAAGAUGACCUUGAGAAUUCCUGGCCAAAGAGACGGGAUGAGGUUGCCGCUCUCAUUGGUAAGUACAAUCCAGCAAUCGUGUGCGUUCAGGAAGCAACCGUUGCAAUGCUUUCUCACCUUUCUUCAAAAUCAAACGGCACUUACCAGUGGAAGGGCAUCUCACGCCAACCUAGCAAGCCGGAUGAAUGUGCCGGAUUUCUGUUCGAUGUGGAGCAAGUGGAAUUGCUGAAUCAUUCGGUCUUUUGGCUCAGCCCACCUGGGUCGCAUGAUGGCGAUAUCGGUUGGGAUGCGAAGCUUCCAAGGACCUGUGAGACGGCAGUGUUCAAGAUACAUGCAGCGCAUGCAGCUUCGGCAGUCGGGCCACAGCCGGAGUCGAAGGUGCGAGUCUUGAACACUCACUUUGACCACGAAGGGAUCAUUGCCCGCUCAGAGUCCGCUGCGCUAAUCAUGGAUUCCAUCACCAAGUCUUGGCAGGACAUGCCUGGGUGUCCACAGGUGUUAUGCGGUGAUUUUAAUUCACCGAAGAGUAGUGAGGCGUAUAGCUUGCUAUCUGGAGCAUUAAAAGAUGCGUUCAGAUCCGUCGUGGCCGCAAACAUUUGCACUGCUGGAGCUACAAGCACCAUUCACAAAUGGCAGGGCUUAUCUUUCAGUGAAGAAAUGGGGGAUGGAACUGUCGACCUCUCCGGUGAGCAUUCAAAGGAGGACACUUGCCACAUUGACUGGAUCCUGUGGCAGAAUGGACGGGCUGACCUCGGAUCGACAGAGCUUCAGCCGUUGAAAUGCCGUGUGGAGAUGUGGAAGAGGCGGAAGGAGCAAAAGAAGAGAGAUCUGUCAGAGCUUCUUGCAAGAGACAAGGCGGACAGCAAGCUCAUGGCUCCGCAGUCCUCAAGACACAGCCGGUUCGGUACAUCCAUGCAGACAUUUUCAGCUGACGGAAGUCUGAAUGUCUCAGCAUCUGUGAUGCAAAAGAGCAUCAUACAGAAGAGCAGCGCGCUCUUGAAGAAAGAGUUCCGCAAUCCUUUGGGCAGCGAAAAGAAGCAGAACAUGUUCCACAAUCCUUUCUUUGUGGACCUAGCAGAAGGGUCUGUCCGAGAUCACAAUCAGCUCAAUCCCCACGUGCGAGGAGCUUUGGAUGAUCGCGCCGAUCACAGUGAAAAGGUGCUUCUAGGCUAUCGGUCUUUCCUGGAAAAAUGCACAUGGAUGAGUUCCCUGGUAAGUAUUCUGCGCAGCUCUUGCAAUCCCGGCAAGCCAACGACGGGCUCUGAGUUCAAACUGCCGUACCUGCUGAAUUUCGUAUCCUGGUUCCUGGAAUUUCACCGCUGCCAGCAUGCUUUGCAGGUUGCUGAAGCCAAGAAGAAAAACGAGUCGCCACCAGACUUGGACAUUGCUGCACUUCAGGGUGCCAUUGAUGUUGACAUGGUCCAGUUCACUACUGCUCGUCUCCGUGACUUUGGAAAGGUGGCCCAAAUGCACCAAUCGCAAUUGAUGGUGGCGUUGCGGGUCCUGAGCCAACAGAUCCAGACCAUCAAAGUCAUGACAGAGUGUUCUGGCUCUGACACCCGUGACUGUGGAGACAUUCUAGUGCGGCACCUGGUGAAGGAAGACAUCAUGAGUAACGUCGCCUGGAUUAUGAAGAACUUCAAGACAUCUGUCCACGACCCUCGUAUCCUCUCCUAUUCUGUGGAGGUCUGGCAGCUCAUGAUUCUCCUGAUGAACAGAUUGCACGAAAGGUAUGACCAGUCGACAUUUCAAGUGGAGAGGGUGCGUGGAACCCACAUGACAAGAUCCGAUACCACUGUGGAGCAGGAGGUCUCAAGCCUGUCAGAUUCGCGGGUGAUGCAGAACUUGUUCCACUUGAUCGAGAAGUAUCGUCGACUCAGCGCACCCUUGCAGUCGAUGCUGGUCGAACUGAUCUACAGCAUUAUGAAGGCACAUCACACCAACAUCGUCAUAUUUUUUGAGCUCACCUGCUUCAUGCGCAUUUACCGCAUGAUGACCGACCCUCUGCUGACCAACACGAAGAACAACAGCAAGUACAAGGACAUUGUUGGCCUUCUGGAGUUUAUUUUGGAGUCCUUUUUUCAGUGUGCACAAGUCAACAGCUGUGUCUUUGCAGAAUUGCUCUUUCGCAAGGACCAGCAGAAGGGCGAGAUCGAGUCAACGGCAGAAUUUGCAGCCAUUCUUGACGACUAUGAGGAUGAGACCUUCCGCCGUGAUGUUCUAGACAGGUAUGAAGCUGGAGAAACAUUGAAUCAACUGAGGGAGAAGCAGAAAGAGAUGCUGAAAGGACAACAACCUUGGACAGAAGAAGAAGACAAGAUCUUGAUGGAGAACUACCAGCUGUACGCAGAUCAUCCACUUUGCGCUGAUCUCCUCAAUUCUCAACUGCCGGAGACAAGCAGGCGUACUGUGGCGCAGGUGCGAAAAAGAUUAGCCGAGCUUGGCCUGACAUCUGCCAGAGGUAAAGAUAAAAGUGCUGAGGACGACAGGCCAUCCAAGAAGGCUAAGGUCUCGGAGCUUCACCUGGAGGAUGAAGGCCCAGCUCCGGAAUCGCCUGGGACUCCGAAACGUCACGCAGAUCAAGAAGCGGAGGAAAUGUUGGAAGAAGAUUUGGAACGAUUGUUGGACUCAGCAUAUGACAGUUGCCAGAAAAAUGCAAAUGCCGGAGGAGAGAAAGCAGCUGGCACUGCCACCAUGUUGGAUCAGAGUGCCACCCAGGACAACAAUCUGUCAAAUUUGGAGAUGGAGAUGGAACGAAUGCUGGAUGAACCUGACGGCGAUGCGAACCAAGCUCAAGGCAAAGCUCCAACGCAGGGAGUGGCAACUACACAAGAGGAACCAGAUAGCCUGGAAAUGGAACUUGAGAAGAUGAUCGAUUCUGAAGUGAUGCAGUCGCGGGAAGAUGAGAAGAAGGAUCAAGGCAAAACUCCAACGCAGGGAGUGGCAACUACACAAGAGGAACCAGAUAGCCUGGAAAUGGAACUUGAGAAGAUGAUCGAUUCUGAAGUGAUGCAGUCGCGGGAAGAUGAGAAGAAGGAUCAAGGCAAAACUCCAACGCAGGGAGUGGCAGCUACAGAACAGGCGGAUAGCCUGGAAAUGGAGCUUGAGAGGAUGAUGGAUUCUGAAGUGACGGCCACACAGGAUGCUGAUGAGAAGCCUCAAGGCGAAGAGCCAUCACAGGAAGCUCCAAGAUCACAACAUGUUCCAGACAGCCUGGAAUUGGAUAUGGAAAGACUGAUGGAUGAAAUGUCAGCUUCGGCCACGCAAAAAGGGGAAGAAGGCUUCUGUGCUGAGCAGAGCGAGGAACUGCCGGCUGCGUGCCGCGCUGGAGGGUGAACUCAGCAGACAAAAGAGGAGACUUUCACCUGACUUGAGGCGACAGCUUGUAGCAGCUAGGGAUAGCUAGGGAAAGUUCAAAAACGUCAGCUGAAAGCUGUAAUGAUGCCAUGAACAUGGCGCAAGUCCAGUGAAAUCAGCUUCAGACAGCGUCAAACUUCACUUGAUUUUUUGCAGUUUCGUUGUUAGUUGCCUG